CUGUAGCGACAGCCGAGAAUUCCCUGUCAUCACUUGACAGGGAACUGCCGCAGCUGCUGUAGCAACUUUUGAGUACUGUGUACCCUCCACCUAGCCAUCUGUACACUUCCACCUAUCCAAUACUGCCCCUCCCUACCCCACUCGACCAGCUAUAAAUAUGUUCCCAACAUAUUACUUCUCACUUCCCAUCUAACAUGGAGUCAGCGAUGCAGAGGAUGUUGGGGUUAAUGUUUACGUUGGUGUUAAUGGUGGCCAGUGCAAGCGCACAGCUGGACCCCCAUGUGACCAAUGGUCAGGUCAUCGUUCACCUGUUCGAGUGGCGAUGGGCAGACAUCGCAGCUGAGUGUGAAAACUUCUUGGGUCCAAAAGGCUACGGUGGUGUACAGGUGUCUCCGCCCAGCGAGAAUGUUAUCGUCUACCAAGACGAGAAAAGUCGGCCAUGGUGGGAACGCUACCAGCCAGUCUCUUACAAUAUCAUCACUAGAUCAGGUGAUGAGGCCGCCUUCAAGGACAUGGUGAACCGUUGUAACAACGUGGGAGUCAGGAUCUACGUGGAUUGUGUGUUCAACCAGAUGACUGGAUGGUGGCCAGACGGGACACCCACCACUGGAGGAUCAACGUUUAACUAUGGCGCUCAGUCCUAUCCUGGCGUCCCUUAUUCUACCUUCGACUUCAACGACGCCAACUGUAACAGUGCCUCUGGCGGCAUUGAAACCUACAAUGAUGCAAACCAGGUGCGGAACUGCAAGUUGGAGGGAAUGAAUGAUCUUAACCAAGGGACUGACUACGUGCGUGGAGAGAUCAGGGAUUACCUUAAUAAACUCAUCAGCUUCGGUGUAGGCGGCUUCCGAGUUGACGCCAGCAAACAUAUGUGGCCAGGAGACCUCAAGGCGAUCUUCGAUAGCCUUGACGACCUCAGCCAAGAGCACUUCGGGUCAGGAGCACGAGCCUUCGUCUAUCAAGAAGUUAUCGAUCUCGGAGGAGAAGCCGUCUCUAGCUUGGAGUACAUCGACAAUGGUCGCGUCACAGAGUUUAAAUACGGAAAGUUCCUGGGCGAGGCUUUCCGUGGGCAGAACCAACUCAAGUGGCUGGUCAACUUCGGCGAGGGCUGGGGUAUGAUAGAUCGAGCUUACUCCCUUAUCUUCAUCGACAAUCACGACAACCAGCGAGGCCAUGGAGCUGGUGGAGACAUGAUCCUCACCUUCCGUGUCUCGAAGUGGUACAAGAUGGCUACUGCCUUCAUGUUGGCGCAUCCCUAUGGCUUCACCCGAGUUAUGUCUUCCUAUUACUGGGACCAAAACUUUGUCAAUGGCCAAGACUUGAACGACUGGGUUGGUCCACCCCACGACGACAGUUACAACAUCGUUGGUCCCACCUUCAACGCUGACGACAGCUGUGGCAACGGCUGGGUUUGUGAGCACCGCUGGAGACAGAUCUACGACAUGGUCGAGUUUCGUAAUGUUGCUCACGGUACUGACAUGAAUGACUGGUGGGACAAUGAUAGCAAUCAGAUUUCUUUCUGUAGAGGCAACAAAGGCUUCAUCGCCAUCAACAACGACAGUUGGGACCUCAAAGAAACUCUACAGACCUGCCUGACUGCUGGCACCUACUGUGACGUUAUCUCCGGCGCCAAGAAUGGUGGUUCCUGUACUGGCAAAACCGUAACUGUCAACGGUGAUGGCACUGCUUAUAUCGAGAUCACAACCUCUGAGGACGAUGGUGUGCUGGCCAUCCACGUUGAUUCAAAGUUGUAAUUAGUGAAUGUAGGUAAGGAGAACGUCGUCUGGUAGAUGUUGACUGAAAAACAAGAACAUUGCUGCUUCAAUUGAGUCUGUGAGAAACAAGAACACUGGUUCAAGGGUGACUGAGAAAUAACAAUAUUGUUGUUUCAAGGGUGACUGUCAUAAACAAGAACACUACUUCAAAGGUGACUGUAAGAAACAAGAUGCAGCAGUGGGCACUCUCGGAAGACACACCACGAUGGCUGCCAGAGACAAUGUCAGUGACCAAGAUAGGUCACAUAAAUGCCACAGUUUUACUUCACAAGAAAUAAUGUUCGUUAACACCUAUGAGUCGCUUAAUAAAAAUUAGAAAUAACACAAAA